CUCACUCGAGAGCAGACCGAGGCAAACACCGGACUGAGACACUAGUGAUUUCACAGCAGACAUAAACACGGGUCUGUUGGCAUACGGAACAAGUAAAAUAUUUUCUUAGAUUUUGUCCAAGUGAGAAGCCAAGAUGAGUUUCAGCGACUUCAACGAACUGAUGGACAUCCUGGAGGAAUUAAACAUGACAAUCCACGACGAGCAUGACAACAUGUCUCACGUGGAGACCGAGCGCUGCGUCUUCGGCUUCAGCCUCAACGCCGUACUCUACUCCAUGUCUGUCCUCUACAUCUUCAUCUUCCUCAUCGGCCUGGCCGCCAAUGCCUUGGUGGUUUGGGUCAACCUGCGGGCUGAGCGCAACCGCUACGAGACGCACCUGUACAUCCUGAACCUGGCCGUAGCGGACCUGUGCGUCGUGGCCACCCUGCCCGUGUCGGUCAGCUCCCUGCUGCAGCACGGCCACUGGCCCUUCGGCGGCGCCAUGUGCAAAAUCACACACCUGGUCUUCAGCGUGAACCUCUUCAGCAGCAUCUUCUUCCUGAUGUGCAUGAGCGUUGACCGGUACCUGUCCGUGGCACUGUUCGGCGACUCCAACAGCCGCAGGAAGAAGAUUGUGCGGCGGCUGAUCUGCGCGCUGGUCUGGGUUCUGGCUCUCGCUGCGUCCCUUCCUGAGAGCUACUACCUGGACGCUGUGAAGUCCUCCCACUCGGAGCACGUCCAGUGCAAGGCCACGUACCCCGAGGAGAGGGAGUGGACGGCGGGCAUCCAGCUCAGCUUCAACGUCCUGGGCUUCGCCAUCCCAUUCCCGGUCAUCUGCGUGUUUUACUUCCUCCUCGCCGGUGCCCUGUCGUCCUCCACCGACCCCGAGCGCCGACUCAGCCGCAAGAUCAUCUUCACCUACAUCAUCGUCUUCCUCGUCUGCUGGCUGCCUUACCACGGCGUGCUGCUGGUCGAGACCCUGGCCAUCCUCAACAUCCUGCCCUUUAGCUGUCGGCUUGACCACUUCCUGUCCGUGGGCCUGCAGCUGACCCAGUGCCUGUCGCUGGUGCACUGCUGCAUCAAUCCAGUCAUCUACAACUUCAUCAACAAGAACUACCGCUACGACCUCAUGAAGGCCUUCAUCUUUAAGUACUCCACCAAGACCGGACUGGCCAAGCUCAUCGACGCCUCCCGGGUCUCUGAGACCGAGUAUUCGGCCGUGGAUAAUCGCGCUCAGUUGUGAGCGGGAGCAGUGACCGCUGAGAGACAGGAAUCAUCUCAAACUCCUGAACGGACAUAAGAAGCAACUCUGUACAGCUUUUUUUUAAAAAAUGUUUUUUAAAAAUCUUCAAUUUGUAUCAAACUAGAAGAUGCCUUGCUUUGUCUUACCUUGCCUUUCAUUUGUAAAUUGCUCCCUUUGUGAUUUGUCACCUGUGGAUUUUUUAAAACAGGUUUUGUUUUCUAUCAACAGCGACUAACUGCUGAAAGGACUUUUAACAAAAGCACUUGAAAAAAAGUUUAGGCUGAGAGUGUCUGUGUUUAGGCCACGGACUUGUGAAAAUGGCCCCUGAGUCAAACAACCCCCUGACAACACACCCACCCACCCUCACACCAACCCACCCCACACACACACACACACACACACACACACACACACACACACACACACACACACACACACACACACACACACACACACACCUCCCCCAACUGGAGUUCCUCCUUGUCUUGUUUAUCAGUAGCACUCAGGACCGUUGGUGCACCAUCGCCAACAUGACUCCAUCACCCACACGUUCUGUCAAACAGGCAGGACUGGGUUUACUUCUUUCAAUCAACUUUUCACAACAACGACGUGAAGGAUGUGAACACUGAAGGACAAAAUGUCAGGAUGUAAAAUUGAGCUAGAGAGAGUGGUUGUUAUGAAUUUAUGAAUUGUUUUUUUUUUUUUGAAGCAAUUUUGAGAAUGAGACCCCAGGAAGCUCAAACACAUCUAUAGAGAAAAAAAAUAAUAUGUCCCAGAUUUGGGAAGUCUUUUGCAAAAGAGAUGUUUGUUAGCCGGUAUUACCAGGCAAUAGUGUCUUUGGAGUAGUAUUACUUUGUACAUUUUGUAAAUAUUUCAUAUUUAUAUAUUCAUUUUAUAUAUUCUUUAUAGGCUAUGAUGUAUCUGGUGUUUGUAAAUGUGAUAUUGCAAUAAAAACAACUGUAUUAUCUAAAACA